UAGAGGUUGGAAAAGUUGCUUGAUUCCUCCAGCAGUUCCUGUAUACCCCGUCAAAAAAAUUACAGGAUAGAGAUCCUGUUAAUCCUUUCUUACCACACUUGGUGGGUAAAUUUUCUCAUUAUAUGAAGUAUUAUUAUUAUGUAUUGCGUCAAGCCUUUUCACAACUACCUCCGUGGAUGUCUAAUUAAGUCAAAGUCGUAUGUGUUGGUGGUCGGUAUAGCAUUUAAAAAUCAACGCCGCCAAUUCCCUGCUCUGUUCACUCCAAAGGGUCAAGUGAUGCAAACAGUAAACACUGGGUACGCCGUCUCCCAGAUGCCUGGAGGUCCUGUGGCUGUUCCAAUGCAUACAGUUGGUGGUAUGGUCGCGGUUCAAACGGUCCCACAGGGAGGUCAACCUCAGAUGGUAAUGAUGCCAGCUUCUGGAGCCGUGGGAGGUCAUCCGCAGGUUGUCCAUGUCCCUACAUCUGGAGCCAUGAUGGGAGGUCAGACUCAGUUUGUCCAAGUUGCUCCAACCGGAGCCGCAGCAUCUGGUUACCAACAGCAACAAGUGGAUGUUUCUCAGUCUUAUGGGCAAGGGCAGUACAUGGUCCUUCAGGAUGAACAGUUAGAAAUCACUGCGACAGUGAUUUGUUACGAGUGGCGAAGGGAAAAAAUCGUACAGAUAUGAAUAAAACCCCCCAAAAAAGAAUGAAAAAAAAAAUACACAGCGUGUUCCUGAACACUGUUUUCAUGGGGCUAAGCUUGAAAUAAGAGGCGGAGCUAGGAACAGCGAAGACACAACAAUUGUAAGAAUUUCUUACAAGUUGAAAGGAUGAAAAUAAAUUCCGAGCGACUUGA